GAGCUUCGGGGCCGGGCUCCCUGUCCCCAGGCCCGGGGCUCCGUGUUCCCGGUGUGGUGGGAGUCGUGGUAACGAGGCCCUGUGACAGCAGGUCUGGGGGAGCUGUGGGGGCCCAGGCCCAGCAAAGCUGUGGGGCCCAGGCUUUAGGGGAGCUGUGGGGCCAGGCCCCAUGUCCAUAGGCCCAGGGAAGCCAUCAGGGCUAGGCUUUGGGGGAGCUGUGGGUCCAGGCCCCACGUCCCCAGGCGUAGGGGAACCUUGGAGCCUAGGCUUUAUGGUAGCCAUGGGGCCAAGCCCCAUAUCCCUCAGGCCCAGGGGAACCUUUGGCUUAUGCUUUGAGGGAGCCGUGGGGCCAGGCCCCACAUCUACAGGCCCAGGGGAACUUUGAGGCUUAGCCUUCAGGGAAGCUGUGGGGCCAGGUCCCACGUUCUCAGCCCCAGGGGAACUUUGGGGCCCAGGCUUUGGGGGAGCCAUAGGGCCAGGCCCAGGGGAGCCAUGGGGCUGCUCGGUACUGUGGUGAGCAUUGCAAAGCCUUGGAGCGAGUGGGCGGCUGAGCUCGUGAUCCCCACGUGGGGCCAGGGCCAUGUCCCACCCACGUCCUGCCCUCACGGUCCCGUGGGGUGGCCGAUGUGGGGUGGAAAGGGCCAUCCCCCGCCCUGGGAGGAGACUUAAAUAUCUCUUUCUGGAGGCAGAUGCAAAUCGCCAGGCAAAUGAGCGCAGUCACACUCCUGCCGGUCACCUGCUCAAGCCCCAUGGGCUGACCCCAGGGCCUUGCUGGUCCCACUGCCCGCUCCAGGCAGGGGUUGUGGGGCUGUCACCUGGGGGUCCCCCCAGCCCUGGUGGAGCAGGUGGUGCCAGGGCUGGCCCAGAGUGGGCAGGAGGGAGAAGGGGCACCUCCAUCCCGUGGCAGAGAUGCUGGAUCUACCUUUCCUACCCUUCUGUGCCUUCCUGGGCGGCCUGGGCUUCGUCUGCGUGGCCUUUGUCAGUGCCUGGUGCCAACACUGGCGCGGGGGCUUCGCCUUGGAUGGCAGCACCAAGAUGUUCAACUGGCACCCGGUCCUGAUGGUGACGGGCAUGGUGGUGCUCUACGGGGCAGCAGCCCUGGUGUAUCGCCUGCCCCCCGCCUGGAGGGGCCCCAAGUUGCCCUGGAAGGUGCUGCAUGGCACCCUGGCCCUGGCAGCCUUCCUCCUGGCCGUGCUGGGCUUGGUGGCUGUUUUUCGCUUCCACAACGACAACGGGACGCCCAACAUGUACUCGCUGCACAGCUGGGUGGGGCUGGCCACCGUCCUGCUCUUCUCCUGCCAGUGGGUGGCCGGCUUCGGUGCCUUCCUGCUGCCCUGGGCUCCUGCCUGGCUCCGUGCCCUCUACAAACCCCUCCACGUCUUCUUCGGCUCCACCAUCCUCAUGCUCUCCCUGGCCUCCUGCGUGUCGGGCAUCAACGAGAAGCUCUUCUUCAGCCUGAAGAACGGGACGACGGAGUACAAGCUCCUGCCCCCCGAGGCCGUCUUCGCCAACACGCUGGGGCUCCUCAUCCUGCUUUUUGGGGUGCUGGUGCUGGGGGCCCUGGCCAGGCCGAGCUGGAAGCGCCCCGACGCCGACUCCCCGGACUCUCGCCAGCCCCUGCUCACCGCCGAGCGCUGACGCCUGCCGAGGUCCUCCCUGCCCUCCUGGGACUGCCAGCCCCAAGCUCUCUGUCCCCGUGGGUCCCCUGCCUGCUCUGCCCUCGGCCUGUCACCUCACUGGGGACACCGGCUGCCUGCACCCCGCGCUCCAAGCGAGAGGAACAGCGGAGAAACGCUGCGGUGAGGACGUCUCUUUGCCUCUUCCCUGGCCUUCUGCCUGCUGGAGGAUGAAAGCAGCCGCUGCCGUGAUGUUCCUGCCUCCAUCCUCUGCUUGCCAGUUCCUGCCAGGUCCAGCUGGCCCCUUGUCCCUCACUCCGUGCCAAACUGGAUGCCCUCAAACCCUCCCCGGAGCGUGCGGUGCCAUCGCUCAAGGCAGCAGCUGGAGCUGUGGGAGGCUGGUUGGGUCAGAAGCCAGUGGUGGAGGACCCCUGUGGCUGGCAGCGGUGACAGAGGGGACCCUCGCCCUGUGCCUUGCCCCUCGUUGGGUUGUCUGUGCCUCUCCCUUCACCCCGUGGGUGGGGGGACCAGCCCAGUGGCCUCCCGGGGGCCCUGGUGGACACGUAAUAAACCGCUGGCUUCUGCAGUG